UGUAUCUCUGUAUGAUCCUCACACACACACACACACACACACACACACACACACACAGACACAGUCUCGGGAUGAAGAGUCCACACACACAUCGUCUGUGCGUCCUCGUCUUCCUCGUACUGAACAGCACUCCGGCACGACUGUUGGAUUUUGCACCGUAUUUCCACGACAAUAGGAACAUGGUGCUGUUCAGCAUCUCUGAGGACACACCAGUAGGAUCUCAGGUGUUCACUCUGAAUGGGACAGACCCAGAGGGAGAUGAGGUUAGGUAUGAUAUCAGCUUUGAGAACGGAUCUAAAGAAUACUUCAUGGUCGAGUCCAAAUCAGGACGAGUUACUCUGAUCCAGGAACUGGACCGAGAGGCUGAAGAUGAAAUUGUGGUGUUGGUCAGCAUCACUGAUGGAAGGAACAAGGUGGUAGAGAAAGUGCACGUGUUCGUCUCAGAUGCUAAUGAUGAAAAGCCCGAGUUUCUCAACCUGCCCUACAUCGCUAACGUCCCUGAGGACACUGCGGCUGGACGCAGCAUUUUUAAAGUUCGAGCUGUGGAUAAAGACCUGGGAUCAGGAGGAAGCGUCACAUAUUUCCUACAGACGUCUCCUAAAACCAAGUUCACGGUGGACGGUCACAGUGGUGUGCUGCGUAUCAAAGCAGGCGAGCAGCUGGACUACGAGACCUCCAGCACACACUUCAUCACCGUGGUAGCAAAGGACGGUGGAGGGAAAUAUAACGGAAAACACCAGGUCAUGACAUCAUCAGCCACCAUAACCAUCAACGUUCUCGAUGCCCAGGACACGCCCCCAACCUUUGUGGAAACACCGUAUUUCGCCUACGUUUACGAAGUAUCAGAGCCGGGCUCGGAAAUAUUCACAGUGUCAGCCAAGGACGGGGAUCAGGGCAACCCAAACCCAAUUCAUUACUCCAUCAUUAACGGAAGUGAUGGCUCCUUCAGCAUCAACAGCUCAAGCGGUUCCAUCAUUCUGAUGUCGUAUCCUGUCCAGCUGAAGAACGAGUUAUAUGAGCUGAAAGUGAAGGCGUGGGAGGUGGCGCCUGAGGGCCAGCUGCUGGACUCGGCUGUAACUGUGGUGACUAUCCGCGUGGUGGAUCUAAACAACCAUCCGCCCACGUUCUACGGCGAGGCGGGCAGACAGGACAGAUUCGAGCUGACCAUGUGUGAACAUCCUCCUGAGGGAGAAAUCCUCCGAGGGCUGAAAAUCACCGUCAAUGAUUCCGACCAGGGAGCGAAUGCGAAGUUCAGACUCAGGCUGGUGGGACCCGGGAGAGUUCUCCGUGUCGUCCCUCAGACUGUCCUCAACGAAGCCCAAGUCACCAUUAUUGUAGAGAACUCGAGCGCCAUCGACUAUGAAAAACACUCGUUUCUGACAUUCAAGUUGUUAGCAGUGGAGAUCGACACCCCGGAGCGCUUCAGCUCCACCGCAGACAUCAUCAUCCACCUGCAGGACAUAAACGACAACACGCCUCAUUUCUCCUCCGAGGUUUACAUCGCCAGGGUCCCGGAAAACUCGCCUGGGGGCUCCAAUGUCACCACCAUCACUGCAUCAGAUCCAGACUCUGGGCUUUGGGGAGAGGUGAAAUACUCCAUCUACGGCUCUGGAGCUGAUCUGUUCCUCAUCCACCCAACCUCAGGGAUCAUCUACACUCAGCCUUGGGCAUCUCUGGAUGCAGAGGUGAAGUCAAAGUAUAACUUUUAUGUGAAGGCAGAAGACAGCGAGGGGAAGUACAGCCUGGCUGAGGUCUUUGUCACGGUUCUAGAUGAGAACGAUCAUUCUCCAGAGUUUAUUGAAAAUUUCCUGGAGAAGACCAUGAUCCUCGGCACUGCUGUGAAAAUAGAGGCUGUGGAUGAAGAUGCAGAAGAACCCAACAACGUCAUCGAGUACUCCAUCAUGAAGGCUGAACCGGAGAAUGUUUUUUACAUCAACACCAGCACGGGUGAGAUCAGGCUUAAGUCGUUCAUCAAGUCCAUGGAGAUGGUGCAGAACAUCACCAAACAAUAUGACUGCAAGUGGUCAGUGGUGGUCCAGGCACGAGAUCGAGGAUCUCCUUCGUUCAUGACCACCGCCAUGGUCCAGCUCGACAUCACUGAAGCUAAUCAGCUCUCGGCCCCCGUGGUGGCAUUUCUAAUGCAGAGCAGAGAAAACCCUGUGAAGGCUUUGGGCGUGGCAGCUGGCAUCAUUGGUGUGAUGGUGAUGGUUACCGUGGUGAUCUCCACAGCGGUUUACUUGCGCAACACAAAGUCUAACAGGAUCGGGCCGUAUCGCCGUGUCAUCCGGCGCCGCCGUGGAGAACCCCAGCAGUGGAACUUCACUGUUGAAAACUCACAGGUUCCUGACAGGGUCCUCGCCGAUCACAAUGUGGAGAACAAUGCAAAGAACGACAGAUCGUGGUCCAGACCUCCACCACCGCAUGCACCAAUUCUCCCUCCACCUCCGCCAAAUGACUACCCCAGGACGUGUCAGCGUCAGGGCGCCGUACCUACCGUCUCAGGGUCCUUGAACUCCAGCAGCUCCAGUGACAGAUCCAUCAGUAGCAGAGAUUCAGAAGAUCAGCCGAGUAAGAGGAGAGAGGGAAAUGUCAGCUCGGCCCUGGUCUCCGAGCUAAAGAAGAGGCUGGAGCAAAAGAUCAUCGAGGCCAAUCAAGGCUACUACUGCUGAAACCACAAACAUGCUAGCAGAGAUCCUGAAGACACCAGAUUAGCACAGAUCACUGCGGUCAUUCAAAACUGGAAGUAUGAGUUUAUAAUUAUGAAAUGCUGGACUGCGGCAGCUGGUCCGGGUUACGCCAUGCCUCUUUAUAGAUGAUAAUAAUCAGAUAGCUAAAAGUGAAGUGUGAAAAAAAUCAUUUUAUCGUAGUUUAUUCACACCAACCGACAUGCGAGUGAAGUUCUACAUCAAUCAAAUCUGUAAGAAAUAGAAUACACAAGAGAAAAGACGAGCGCGUAAAUCUUACCCACGUUUCCGUUGCACUUUAUUUAAGCUUGCUGCAGUAUUUAAUCAUAAACAAAUGAAAUGUUCCUCGUGUCCCAAACAAACUAGCAAUUAUGUUUGUCGUUUGUCUCCUGUGAGCGUGACCUGUCCAGCAUUUUCUUUUAAUGAAAUGUGAUAUUAACCGCGUAGCAAAGCUAGCUGUUUAAAUGUUAUUCGAACAACGCAGCAAUAAGAUCAGCUUCGUGCUUGUUUAUUUAUUUUAGCGAGUCAAGCUGACAUUGCUAGCUGUGAACACUCACUGGAGGCAGCAACGAUCUCUGAGCAUAAUGUAUCCUUCUACAGAAUAAAAUGGAACCAGGCAAUGAUCUUAUAUGUGUGCAACAAACAAUAGUAACAGCUUAAAGCUUAAUCCUGCAGGGGAACUAAAGAAACGUAGAACCUGAAGCAGUUGGUCCUAGCAAAUCGUUUGGAUUUGUUUUGUUGUAGUGUUUAGCAUUUACGUAUAAAAUGAACGAUCCUCUUUUACUUUUUUUUUCAACGUUAGAGUUGAGCUAGGAAGCUAAUGUCGCUAAAAAGUAAAUUUUUGAGUAAAACUUUCUGUCUUUAACCACACCCACUAAAUGUAGCGCUAUUCAGUAGUAUGACUCCACCCCCUCCCUCCAAGCCCCUCCUCCUGGUUUGAAGGCAAAAUUGUAAAUACGCUGUACAGUGUCACUGAUGUGUUGCUGAAAAAUAUUUAGAAAUAAAAUCAAUUAGAAUUAAAAUCUGUUUUGGGGAAUGUUGAUGUGUUUAUAGACGAUGGCAGACAACAGAGACCAGGUUUAUUGAAUUUUUUUCAUCUGUGUAGAAUUUUAUAUUGAACCCUCACUUGCCUGCAGCUUUUAUUCUAAUAUUUGACUUGGAGCUGAUUCUUUACUCAUAAUACUACUACUACUACUACUACUACUACUACUACUAAUAAUAACAAUAAUAAGAGGAAGGAGAAGGAGAAGAAAAAUGAGAAUCACACAAGAUUAAGAUAUAUAUACAGUAUAUAUAUAAAACACUGAUGAUCUGAGAGCCUCAAUCUCUAUUUCGCUUCUAUUUCUAAAUAAUUCAUGAAAAAGCAUCCGAUUGGUCGAACGCCAUACAUUCGGACACGUUUCCCUGCAGAUUAUGAAAAUACUGAUCUGUGUAUGAUGAGCAGUUUGCUGUAAUGAAGCGUGUAAUGUCCUUCUGUUUCAACACAAAGUCUCUGAUUGUCUUUUACUUGUUUGGAAAUAAAUAUGGACGUGACACGA